GGACCAGCAAAGGAUAUUGUCAUCUUCGGAUAAAGAAAACCGGUCGCCUAGAGGGAAACAGCCAGCCAAGAGAAAGCAGCCGGCCAAAAAAAAGGCGGACAUUAGCACGGAGCUCCAGAACCCGGAGCCCGGAGCCCACGCAAGUGAGUACUCAGUCGUACGAGGUUUUCAACAUUGUAGUACGAGAGUACUGCGACAUGCUCUUGAAUGCAUACAUUCAGUACUCUGACGACGUUCAUGUCGUACCACCAGACACGGAGACGGUACCGGAGCCGCCGGUCCCACGGGCGGAAGGACCGGAGCCACACCCCGGGACAUCACGGGAAUGCAGACAAAACACACGAUUGUAUGCAUUGCCGACGGCGGAACAGUGGGUGGAGUCGGCGGAGGCAGAGGGGAUUCGUCCCAUCCCUCAGGGAGUCUACAUCUGGAGCGAGCCCGAAGAGGACGACGUCUUCAUCCCCGAAGAACCGCCCGCCAUGCAGGCCGCAAUCAUGUAACCCGCAUUAAGGUUGUCGAGCUCGUCCAGGUCGUCAUCCGCGUCCUCCGGGUCAAGGUCGUCCAGAUUGUCACACGCGUCUUCCUCGUCCAGGUCGUCACCCGCGUCCAGGUCGUCUAGAUCCCCAUCGGACUCAGUCACCAGCCGCCUCCAGGUCGUCCAGUUCGUCAGCCGCGUCCAACGCGUCAAGGUCGUUGUUUAGCUCCGAGUCAACUUCGUCUAGGUCUGCCACGUCAGGCUCCUCAUCGGACUAUUGUCCGUUCGAAAGUAAUUCCUGGUCGGACUCGGACGUAGAAGUGCCGCAGCCGGUCCCUUUGGUGGCUGUCCUACCACCAAGGGCACAGAGGGCACGAAGGGAGAGAGUAACUAAGGCGGAGGAGCUCGCCAUCAACAUGGCUUACGCAAAUGACAUUGUUCAGUCGGCCCUAUCCGGAAAAACAAUAGCCAUUGAUGUGGUUAGGGCCAAGUAUUUGGAGGCGUCCAUGGGGCGUUUGAGCCACGAACAGGUGCGGGCGAAGGUUCGCAACAUUGCCCGGGCUAGAGCAGCUCGCCUGGCGGCCGCUCUACUUCCGUAGAAUAUUAUUGUGUAUUUUUUGAUAUGUGUUGUUUUAUAUGUUUCAUUUUUCUUGUUUGAUUGAUUAGGUAUAAGUAUACCAUGAUAUUAUAAUUUUGUUUACU